AUGCUCGUAUUAAGUAUUGCUGUUACCGCUCAACGCAUAGAUGAAUCCUCACAAAGAAUAACUGCCCCAAAAAGGAAUGCGGGGAGUGGUGUGAUAGAUGGGUCGGGCCUUGAGCAUAUUGUUAACUCGGAUAAGGGUGUUAAUAGGAUGGGCGAGUGGCAGGUUGGUAAUAGUCGGGUUUCAGUGUCGACAGUUGCACUUUUCACUCUGGCAAUGGCCGCUGCCACUGGUUUGGGUGCAGUACCUUUCUUUUUCCUGGAGCUCGAUCCUCAGUGGGCUGGGAUAUGCAAUGGAAUGGCUGCAGGGGUUAUGCUUGCUGCCAGCUUUGACCUUAUACAGGAAGGACAGGGACACGGGAGUGGAAGUUGGGUUGUCUUGGGUAUUUUGGCUGGUGGGGUUUUCAUAUGGCUUUGCAAGAAGUUUCUCGAACAAUAUGGUGAAGUGAGCAUGCUGGACAUAAAGGGUGCUGAUGCAGCUAAGGUCAUUCUUGUCGUUGGAAUUAUGACCCUUCAUUCUUUUGGCGAGGGUUCAGGUGUUGGGGUUUCAUUUGCUGGUUCAAAGGGCUUGUCUCAAGGGAUACUGGUUACUUUGGCAAUUGCCGUUCACAAUAUACCCGAGGGAUUGGCCGUGAGUAUGGUCCUGGCAUCGAGAGGAGUUUCCCCACAGAAAGCCAUGUUGUGGAGCGUAAUUACUUCUCUUCCCCAGCCUAUUGUAGCAGUUCCGUCCUUUAUUUGUGCUGAUGCAUUUAACAAGUUUUUGCCAUUUGCCACGGGAUUUGCUGCUGGAUGUAUGAUUUGGAUGGUUAUGGCUGAGGUCCUUCCUGAUGGUUUUAAGGAAUCUUCCCCAUCUCAUGUGGCGUCUGCUGCAACUCUUUCUGUGGCAUUUAUGGAAGCCCUUGGUGCUCUUUUCGAGCACUUUAGCCACAGCUACAACCCGGAGGAUGCAUCAGGCUUCUUGGUCUCCCUCGUGUUUGGGCUGGGUCCUCUCCUGGGCGGUGGAGCCCUCGUGGGCUUGGCCCUCUCGUUGCGCCUCCAACACGCGGUCCUCACGGGCGUGGCCUCGGGCAUUGCGUUUGUCCUCGGCGCAUGGCGGCCACUCCAACUCCUCCUCUCCUCCAAGAUGGGCUUCCUCCGCCUCCUCUCCCUCAUCGCCCUCGGCUCCGCCUCCCUCCACCUUCCCUCCUCCUUCAUCUCCAAACUAAGCAACACCAAGAAAACCUCCGCCAGCACGCUCCCCAGCGGCCUCCCACCACCGCACCUGAGCGCCCUCACUCUGCAGGCGGCCUUGUCGUGCGGCGCCAUAGCCCUCCACGCCCUCGCAGAGGGUCUCGCCCUCGGGGUGGCGGCCCCCAAGGCGUACGGCCUCGGCCGACACAUGCUCCUGCCCGUCUCCCUCCACGGCCUGCCCCGCGGGGCGGCUGCUGCCAGCUGCAUCUACGGGGCCACCGACAGCUGGCACGGCUCGCUGCUGUCCGCGGCGCUCGUCGGGCUAGCGGGCCCGGUGUCGGCCAUCGGGGCGAUCCUAGCGGGGAUGAGCAGCUACGGCGGGCCGGACCUCGCGAUGGUGGUCGCGUGUGGGGGCGUGUUCCCGUGCUUUGCAGGGAUCGUGAGGCGGGCUGCCAGGGUGGACAGGCGGAGGACGGGACUUGGGCUUGUGGUAGGGAUCUCGUUUGCGGCGCUGUGCCUGACGUUCACGAGGCUGGUGUGCCUGCACACGCCCUACUGCAACUCGGCCCCGGAGGCUGUUAGGUGA